AUGAAUCAAAAGAAUUUAGAACUUUCAACACAAGCAAUCUCACAGUAUAACUCAUUGAUUAAUAACUUACUUUCACAUAGAAAGCUACCGGAUGUUGGUUGGGAUGACAAUGUUAUAGAAUGGUUCAUCAAUGAGAUCUCAAUGAUGGACUCGAACAAUUUCAUAGAGAAUAUCGGUGUUGGCGAACGUGAAGGUCGUCUCUACUCUCAGAUUGUUGCACGUCGUCACUUUGGACUGGCACACGGCAUCGGCCGCAGCGGUGAUAUCAACGAGCAACAACCGAAAGCAGCGGGAUCCUCUCUCAUUCAGAAACUGACAAACUACUUGGUGUUGGAUGCUCUUAGGAUUGCCGGCCUAGAGAAAUCGAUUGACGCCUGUCUCGUUCUGCCGAUGGCCACAGGCAUGACGAUUGCACUCACCCUCAUGACAAUGAGACAGACCAAACCGAAAGCAACCUAUGUUCUCUGGCCUAGAAUCGAUCAGAAAUCAUGUCUCAAAUCGAUCGUAACAGCAUCUCUAACCCCCAUCGUCAUUGAGAAUCAGCUGAUCGACGAUGUCAUAACAACCAAUCUUCAAACCAUCGAAGAAACAAUCAAAUCACUCGGUGCCGAAAACAUUCUAUGCGUUAUGUCAACUACAUCUUGUUUUGCACCUAGAAUACCUGAUAAUGAAUUGUGUAAAAAGUAUGAUGUUGGACAUGUUAUUAAUAAUGCAUAUGGAUUACAGUGUACAAAGAUUACACAUCAGAUUUCACAGUCUGUAAGAUUGGGUAGAGUUGACUAUGUGGUGCAAAGUACCGAUAAGAAUUUCAUGGUACCCGUUGGCGGUGCAAUCGUAGCCAGUCCACUGGCAGAGAACAUUGAUCGACUCGCCAAGAACUAUCCAGGUCGUGCCAGUGGCGCACCGAUUCUAGAUCUAUUCAUCACGCUUCUGUCAAUGGGAAGAGCGGGAUAUCGUAGACUGCUCGACGAGCGCAAGCAACUACUUCCUUACUUUAUCGAUGAGAUGAGUAAAGUUGUGAAGGAGGUGGGUGUCGGUAGAAUUCUAAACACUCAGGCCAAUACCAUUUCAUUCGGUAUUGCAAUUGACUCGAAUGACGUCAGUAAGAGCGUGUUGGCAAAAGAUAACAUUUCAAUGAUUGGUUCAAAAUUGUUUAUGAGAUCGUGUUCAGGUGCUAGAGUGAUCGAUGUACAAUCGGGUCAAAAGAAAUCGGUUGGUAACAUCGAUUUCAAAAACUAUGGAUCUCACAUCGAUAACUAUCCCACCAGCUACCUUACUGUUGCUUGUGCAAUCGGUAUUACAAAAGAGGACAUUGAUCUUUUCAGUAAGAGAUUAAAGAAAGUAUUAAUGAAUAAAUAA